CCCAGAAACACGGCAGCGGGCUGGGUCUGGCUGCGGGGCCCGCCGGCUGCAGCAGGCUCCGUGGGUCCCGGCGGCGCGCACCCGCGGAGGGAGGGCCGAGGGCUUGGCGUGGCGGCGGCGACUUUGGCGUCCGCGAGGCGCCGGCGCAGAGUCAGGAUGCGGCGGAGCCCCCGCCCGGGCUCGGCCGCGUCCCCGCACAAGCACACGCCCAACUUCUAUAGCGACAACAGCAACAGCUCAGUGAGCACCACCUCGGGGGACAGCAGCGGCCAUCGGUCAGCUGGGCCGGGGCCCGGGGAGCCCGAGGGCAGGAGAGCCCAGGGCUCGAGCUGCGGUGAGCCCGCCUUGAGCUCAGGAGUGCCCGGAGGAACCGCACGGGCCGGAAGCUCUCGGCAGAAGCCGGCGCUGCGGAGCCACAGUGCGCCGACCGCCGAAGGCGCGGCAACCGUGAGGGGCGGGGCCUCGGAACCGGCUGGCUGUCCCGUUGUCUCUGAGGAGCGGUUCAACCUUCUCUCGACCCUGGAUCUGAGGCAGGAGAUGCGGUCCCCGCGAGUUUUCAAGAGCUUCCUGACCCCACUUUCCCAGGUGCUGAGCGUGUUUUUAUCCCUGCUAGGAGAGGUGCUGGUCACUGUGUACAGGGAAGUCUGUUCCAUUCGCUUCCUGCUCACGGCUGUGUCACUGCUGAGCCUCUUUCUGACAGCACUCUGGUGGGGUCUCCUGUACCUGGUCCCUCCUUUGGAGAGUGAACCUGAGAUGCUGACUAUCAGCGAGUACCACGAGCGCGUGCGCACCCAGGGGCAGCAGCUGCAGCAGCUGCAGGCCGAGCUGGAUCAACUCCACAAGGAGGUGUCCAGCGUUCGCGCAGCCAACAGCGAGAGAGUGGCCAAGCUCGUAUUCCAGAGGUUGAAUGAGGACUUUGUUCGAAAACCCGACUAUGCGCUGAGCUCUGUGGGAGCCUCCAUCGACUUAGAGAAGACAUCCCGUGACUACGAGGACGCAAACAGCGCCUACUUCUGGAAUCGCUUCAGCUUCUGGAACUAUGCGCGGCCACCCAUGGUUAUCCUGGAGCCAGAUGUGUUCCCUGGGAAUUGCUGGGCUUUUGAGGGCGACCAGGGCCAGGUGGUGAUCCGGCUGCCGGGUCGUGUGCAGCUGAGCGACAUUACCCUGCAGCAUCCUCCUCCCAGUGUGGCACACACAGGGGGGGCCAACAGCGCCCCCCGCGAUUUCGCAGUCUAUGGCCUCCAGGUUGAUGAUGAGACGGAAGUUUUCCUGGGGAAAUUCACCUUCGACAUGGAGAAAUCUGAGAUUCAGACUUUCCACCUACAGAAUGACCCCCCAACUGCCUUUCCCAAGGUGAAGAUACAGAUUCUAAGCAACUGGGGUCACCCCCAUUUCACAUGCUUGUAUCGAGUCCGAGCCCAUGGCAUGAGAACCUCGGAGGAAGCAGGGGACAGUGCCACAGGGGGGCCCAAUUAAACAUGCUGAUUGUUAAAAUAGAGUGGAGGUCUGUGCUGAAAGAAGCUGGAGCUGGAUCAGUGCUGGAGGGUCUGUUGGGAGCUCUGGUUGCCUUUAGUAUAUAAAUAUGAUAGGGGGUCUACCUCCCAAUGCAGCCUCUCUUUUCUUGGAGAAGUCCAGGUCAAUAUAGGAGUAGCAGCUCUUGUUUAUGGAUGUUUCCAUGUAAAAGAGAUGGUACUUUGGACAUUACAAACAUUAUCUAACUAAUCCUCACAACCACCGAGGGGGAGACCACUCAAGGUCAUAUACCUAGGGAGGAACAGCAUCACAGAGGCACCCAAGCCCACCUUCCUCCAGAGGCCACCCUUUUACUGCAGAGCUGCCAGUCAGCCUGAAGCCAUGCUGUGAACCUGUUCCCACUCCCAGCCUCUGGGAAAGCCGCCUUUCCUCAGGUAAACACUCAAAAACUGAGGCUUAAGAACUUCUAGGAAGCAUCUAAGUCAGAGUUGAUGCAGGCCUCAUAGCCCCUACUUAGGUUAUCUUCACUGAAACCUCAGUGCCCAACUCAAUACUAGGCACAAUACAGAUGGCCUAGUGUUCACCAGUCUCUGCCCUCAAGAAGCCUGGUAGGAAAGAGAGGAUGCUCCAGAAACGGCAAUUCAUUUACUGAUCCAAGAAUUCUUCAUUAAAAAAGAAUUAGAGGAAUAAAGGAUGGGGACAGUCAUCAAAGGGUUAAUGAGUUCUACCUGGGCAGAGCAGAAAAGGGUGACCAGUAUCAGCAAAGACACAGACAGCAUCUUGGCUGUUAAAAUCCUUCCCCGUGUGUUCAUGUUUUGGAAGAAUAUACGCACUAUUAACAAUGGUAACCCUCUAGGAAGUGUACUGGAGCACAUAUCCAUCUGUUAAUUUGGGGGGUAUUUUGUAAUUGGAAGACAAAGGAAAAAGGUUCUCUCAAAUGGCCUCAAGCCUAAAAUUAGAAAUAUGAACUCUCAUACAGCUUUUCUGGAGGGCAGUUUCACAAUAGGAACCAAAAGCCUUAAAAUUUGUAUACUCUCAAUCACUGCAAUUCCAUCUUUAUGGAUCCAAAGGAUACACAGAUGUAAUAAAAAAUACUUUAAAAAUAUUUUUAUUGAUUUAUAGAGAGGGAGAGGGAGAAAGAGAAACAUCAAUAUGAGAGAGAAACAUCAGUUGCCUCCUGUAUGCAUCCUGACCGGGACCAAACCCACAACUUGGGCAUGUGCCCUGACCAGAAAAUAGAGAACCAGCAACCUCUCAGAGAACAGGACGAUGCCCAACCAAUUAUUGAGUCACAUUAGCCAGGGCCAAAGAAAAUACUUUUAAAAAUAUUCAUCACACGGUUUAUAAAGAAAAAAACUCAAAAUAGCAUCUAAGAAGAUAAAUCAUGUUACAAAAAUUACAUGUAGCCAAUAGAAACGGUAAUAUAAGGUAAUGUUAUAGAAAGUAAUUGAUAUAUGACUAAUUUCUUUAAAAGCAAGCUAGACUGCCCUGACCAUCAUCCCAAUCACCAAAAGGUUGCAGGUUCAAUCCCUGGUCAGGGUGAAGGUGGGAGGCAACCAAGCGAUAUUUCUCUCACAUCAAUGUUUCUUUCUCUCCCUCCCUCCUUUCCUCCUCCCCUAAAAUAAAUAAAUCAUGCAUAUCCUUGGACAAGGAUUUUUUUUAAAAAGGCAAACGACUGGCAUACAUAAAAAAAUUUUAACUUCCAUAUGAAAAGAGUUCUAUAAACCAAAAGAUACUAUACCGUAAACAAAGAGUGUCCUGGGAAGAAAUAUUUUCAACAUGUAAAGAAAGAACUGAAUAAUAAUAGAAUAAAGGCUAUAAAAACCUAUAAAUAACGUGGCUUAGGUGGUUGACUGUGGUCCAGUGCACCAAGAGGUUGCUGGUCAGGGCACAUGCCAAGAUUGCAGGCUCAAUCCCAAUAGGGGGCAUGCAGAAGCAACAGAUUGACAGUUCUCUCUCAUUGAUGUUUUUCUCUCCCCCUCUCUCUAAAAAAACCAAUAAAAAUAUAUUAAAAGACUAAAAGUACAAACCUGUAAAUAGGCUAUCCAUAAGAAAUAAAAUUCAUACGCCAAGGUACAAAUUGAUGCUUCUCUGUUUCUCUUCCUCUCUCUCUAAA